CUUUACUUUCCGUGGUGAGAUGGCCGUGGAGUCUAUGCAGGUUCCUGUGAAGUCGAAACGGGCGCUGUGGACAGAAAGCAGGAGGCGAGAAAACCCGCUGCAGCCCGCUUUGACCUCCGUUUUUAAAAAAUAAUAACGGUUUGAUCCUGAUUUGGCUUUAAAGAUGAGCAACCCUGGAUCUUGAAUACCCACAUCUCACCAACACUCCUGAGUACUGCAGACUAGGAAUUCAUGUGGUCUCUGUUUAAGCCCUGGACAGGUCUGUGUUGUAGCCUUGUGACUGGGCAGCUUGGCUGCCUCCCUGCCUCCAGAUGAAUGAAGAGCACUCCGGGACACAGAGACACAGCUGAUGCAGGGAAUGCAGGUGUUUCUGCAAAUAUGAUGAAGAAAAAGAAUCCCCAUAAAAAACACAAAAGCAGUCUAGGUCCGCCCACCAAAGUCCUGUCACAGCCACGACGCGACAUUGUCGGCUGCAGGAUCCAACAUGUCUGGAAGGAAGGAGGAGGACAUGUUGUGUGGAAAGGAACAGUGCUCGACCAGGUGCCAGUGAACCCGUCUCUCUAUCUGAUAAAGUACGAUGGUUUCGACUGUGUUUAUGGUCUGGAGCUUCAUAAAGAUGAGAGGGUUCAAGGGCUGGAGGUGCUCCCUGACAGACUGGCUAAAUCUCGGCUCACAGACGUCAACCUAGCAGACACUAUGAUAGGUAAAGCAGUGGAGCACAUGUUUGAGACGGAGGAGGGUCCAAAGGAGGAGUGGAGGGGGAUGGUGCUGGCCCGGGCUCCUAUCAUGACCACCUGGUUCUACAUAACCUAUGAGAAAGACCCUGUCCUCUAUAUGUACCAGCUGCUGGACGACUACAAAGAGGGAGACCUCCGCAUUAUGCCCGACUCCAAUGACAGUGUUCCAGCAGAGAGGGAACCUGGCGAGGUGGUGGACAGCCUUGUGGGCAAACAAGUCGAGUACGCUAAAGAGGAUGGCGGCAAACGAACAGGAAUGGUCAUCCAUCAGGUGGAGGCCAAGCCCUCCGUCUACUUCAUCAAAUUUGACGACGACUUUCUCAUUUAUGUCUACGACCUGGUCAAAACUUCAUAAGACUUUGUGGACGUCCUGAGCCCCUCCAACAUGUCGGGGGGGGGAAAUGCAGCACAUGUUCAGACAUCUGAAGCAUUUGAUCGAGCGCUUGUUCCUCUGAUCAUCAAAGACAGGAUUAAAGACUUUUUAAAUAAUUCCGGAUUAAAGUGAAA